AUGCAACAGUCGCAAUUAGAUCCCCUCCCUGAUAUGCCCUUCCGAAUUGUCUCGCAGACAAUAGGAAGGGGUGCAUAUGCAUCCAUCAAGAAGGCGAUUCCCCUCCAGGAAAACUCCCCCAUAUUUGCCGUUAAGCUCAUACACAAAGGCUAUGCGAUCAAGCAGGGGCGGAUAUCUGCGAAGCAGAUUGCGAUGGAGGUGUCGUUGCACUCGCAUAUUGGUCAACAUCCAAACGUCAUCGAGUGGUUCGCAACGGGCGAGGACGACAUUUGGAGAUGGAUCGCCAUGGAAUAUGCCGCCGGAGGCGAUCUUUUUGACAAGAUCGAGGCAGAUGUUGGCGUGGAAGAGGAUAUCGCUCAUCUUUACUUUCUGCAGUUGAUCAGUGGUGUCAGCUUCGUUCACUCCAAAGGCGUGGCGCAUCGCGACUUGAAGCCCGAAAACAUCCUCCUCUCGGGUUCUGGCAGCCUCAAGCUCGCUGACUUCGGCAUGGCCACAAUGUUCGAGUACAAGGGCCAGCGGAAAAUGACCAAUACCAUAUGCGGGAGCCCACCGUACAUUGCCCCCGAGGUGUUGCAGUGCUCCAAGCCGGACAAGAGAGCGGCAGAUGCGGUCAAAUACUCGGCCGACUUGGUUGAUAUCUGGUCCUGCGGCGUGAUCCUAUUUGUCCUUCUGGUUGGGAACACGCCCUGGGAUGAGCCCACGUCGGGAAGCUGGGAGUUCCAAGAGUAUGUGCGGACCAACGGGCGGAGCACCGACUCCCUCUGGGCCCGGUUACCACCCGAUACUCUGUCGUUGCUCCGAGGCAUGAUGAACAUAGAAGCGAACAAUCGCUUCACCUUUGCCCAAAUCCGCCAACACCCCUGGUAUACCCGCCGUAACCCGCUCCUGACGGCAGACGGCAAAGUCUCCGACCCCCUCACGCUCGCAACGCAAAUGCUCGCUCGCCUACGCAUCGACCUCACUGCCGAAAUCACCCCUUCCCAACCCCGAUCCCAGCCCGAGGCUAUGGACAUUGACACCCAUCCGCCCGCACAAGAAGACUGGACCUCCAAGCUCGCCGCCACACAGCCCGAAACGCCGAUCAACGACGUCUUCUUCGACUGGGAACGCCCAGCCCCACGCCUCCUCGGCACCCAUGCCAUCUCCUCAACCCAACCGCUUGCCCACUCUGACUCCGUCAUCUCCUCCACCGCAGCAUCAGCAGUAACAACCGGAAGCACAAGAAGCGUCGGCGCCCGCCCCAUCGGCCACUUCAACCCGACCCUCCAGGCCCUAGCCGACGAGCCGACAAUGAGCCAAUUCUCCCAGACCCCCGGCGUCCCUCUCUCCCUAACCCAGCACGCCCGCCAGUUCCGCGACAUCGUGCCCUCAUAUUCACUCACACGCUUCUUCUCGGCCGUGUCCCCGGGCUUGUUGAUCCCCAUGUUGCGCGACGCGCUGCAUCAGCUCAACGUGCCCCAACCCACACGCAUCCCGGAGACCGAGCCGCACGCGGAGCGCGUCGCGGUGCUCAAGGUGCGGACCCUGGAUGAGCGAAAGCAAAGUUUGCAUGGAGAAGUGUUGGUGGAUCGAUUUCAGGUGGUGCAGGGGAUGGGUGGGGUUGAGGACGGAGACGGUGGUGUGGUGGAAUUGUUGGAGGUUCGGUUUGUGAAGCUGAAAGGCGAUCCGUUGGAGUGGAGGCGAUUUUUCAAGAAGGUCACGUUGUUGUGUCGGGAUGCGGUGUACAGUAGCGAUGGGGGAGUAGCGUAA